AUGCGGGAGAUUCGCAAGGUGCUCGACGCCAACAACUGCGACUACGAGCAGCAAGAGAGCUUCCUGCUUCUGUGCGUCCACGGAGACGGGCGGGCCGAAAACCUGGUGCAGUGGGAGAUGGAGGUCUGCAAGCUGCCCCGCCUGUCUCUCAACGGCGUCCGCUUCAAAAGGAUAUCCGGAUCAUCGAUCGCUUUCAAAAACAUUGCUUCCAAAGUUGCCAACGAGUUAAAGCUAUGA